AGUAACAUUCUCUCUUCCACUUCCUCCCUCCCCACGAUCUGCUGCUCCCUUCAACGCUAGAUUUGACAUUACAUUUGUACAGGUCUUUCCUCUGGUCCCCUGAGAGCAUUAGCUCUGCCUGACUCCUCCUGCCACAGGAGCCGCCCUCCUCCGUGAGGCCAGAGAAAUGCAGGCCAUCAAGUGUGUGGUGGUGGGAGAUGGAGCUGUGGGUAAAACCUGUCUCCUCAUCAGCUACACCACCAAUGCCUUUCCAGGCGAAUACAUCCCCACUGUGUUCGAUAACUAUUCUGCCAACGUGAUGGUUGACAGCAAGCCCGUAAACCUGGGGCUGUGGGAUACAGCUGGGCAGGAGGAUUAUGACCGGUUGAGGCCCCUCUCCUAUCCGCAGACGGACGUCUUCCUGAUCUGCUUCUCUCUGGUCAGCCCGGCCUCUUAUGAAAACGUCCGCGCCAAGUGGUUCCCUGAGGUCCGACACCACUGCCCCAGCACCCCCAUCAUCCUCGUGGGCACCAAGCUGGAUCUCCGUGACGACAAGGAUACGAUCGAGAAGCUGAAGGAGAAGAAGUUGUCGCCCAUCACAUACCCGCAGGGCCUCGCGCUGGCCAAGGAGAUCGAUUCUGUGAAAUACCUCGAGUGCUCGGCGCUGACACAACGUGGCCUGAAAACGGUGUUUGACGAGGCGAUCCGAGCGGUUCUCUGCCCCCAGCCCACCAGACCGAAAAAACGGGGCUGCAGCCUCCUCUAGGGAUUCCAGCCCCAGCCCUCAGCUCGCUCCCGACACCAGGCUCUGCCGAUGCAACAGGGGUUGAAAGUGUCAGCGUCUUGGACCUUGGUACCUCUGGUGGUCACAGCGCUUGUUUGUUUCUGCUGCCUAGAAGGACCAAUAUGGAUCUGUAGCACUCGUUUGUCCAUUUGCACAACCUCCCUCCCUCCUCCUGUUAAUUUCUGUAUAGGGAAUGAGAGUCAAUAAACCAACUGUACCUUCCUGA